AUGGAGCCCGGCUAUAAAAUCUCCGCGGCAGACAUGACUUCCGGAACCCUUUGAGCAAGCAUGGGCUGAGGUGCUGCUGUUGUAGCCUUUCUCCUCCCUUCGGGCGCCCUUUUGCUCUUGGAACUGGGGCAAGACGGUGUGCUUAGACACGAACAUCCGGCAGUGAGAAGUUCGCGACCUUAGUGUGGCUUCCGGACUAGAAGUAGAGUUGCUUCUUUUGCGCUACAGCCAGGACUAGUUUCACAGUGCAAACAACCGAAGGCCUGCACGCGGGGCUGACCGGCCCGCUCUUCAGAUGGCAGCACCUUCCGCGAAGAAGCGCCCACAUCCGAGCGGAGACCCGCCGCUGGAGGAAGACGCGUCGGCAGCUCGGCGCGCAAGGAAGAGGCGGCUGCUGGUGAUCCUGGAGGGGGCGUCGCUGGAGACUGUCAAGGUUGGGAAAACAUUUGAGCUGUUGAAUUGUGAUAAGCAUAAAUCGUUGCUUCUGCGGAGUGGCCGGGACCCUGGAACAGUUAGACCUGACAUCACCCAUCAGAGCCUCCUGAUGCUCAUGGACAGUCCUUUGAAUCGCGCUGGCCUUCUUCAGGUUUAUAUCCAUACAGAAAAGAAUGUACUGAUUGAAGUCAACCCUCAGACAAGAAUCCCUCGCACUUUUGAUCGUUUCUGUGGUCUUAUGGUUCAGUUGCUGCAUAAGUUUAGUGUCAGAGCUGCUGAUGGGCCCCAAAAGUUAUUGAAGGUGAUCAAGAAUCCAGUGACUGAACACCUCCCUGUGGGCUGCAUGAAAAUAGGCACAUCCUUUUCCACCCCCACUGUGACAGAUGUUCGUGACCUAGUCCCAACUGCAGACCCUGUAGCGAUCAUUGUGGGAGCCUUUGCCCAUGGUGCGGUGAAUGUUGACUACACAGAAAAAACUAUUUCAAUCAGCAACUAUCCACUCUCUGCUGCUUUGACCUGUGCCAAGAUCACCACAGCUUUUGAGGAGGUCUGGGGAAUAGUGUGAAUUAUCGGGUGUUGAUACUAUGCAGUUUGAUUCAGACGGCUCACUUUAGAUUCUUGUGUGUUGCAGGGUUUUACUUGUAGCAUCAUUCUGUUUUUUUGGUGGCAAAUAAAUUGUUUAAUGAG